AUGUCGCGCACGAAGUCGGCCUCAAGGACUGUACUUCUUCUUUUCUUUGUUGUGCUCGUCGGGUGCGUGGCGCACGUCCACGGCUGGGGCAGUCUCGGACAUCGCACCGUCGCGCAGCUGGCCUACGACCGCCUCACCCCGCAAGCCAAAGCCGUGGUCGACAGGUACCUCGAUGGCUCCUCGCUGGCCAGCGCCGCCGUCUAUCCCGAUGCCUACCGCUCCAAUGGAGGCGCGUGGAGCAGCAGCCUCCACUAUGUGAACUUCCCGAGGGACGCCACCCACUACCUGCCGACCUACUGCGGCAACCCGGCCCAGUGCGUCGUCGCCGCCGUCGCCAACUACACCCGGCGGGUGAACCAGGAGGGCCUCAAGGGACCCAUGUGCGGCUUCACCAAGGGCCAGAUGCCCUGCCCGCUCUCGUUCUUGACCCACUUCCUCGGCGACAUCCACCAGCCGCUCCAUUGUGGCUACUCUGAUGACAAGGGCGGUAACAACGUGAAGGUCACCUUCUUCGGCAAGUCCACGAACCUGCAUUCGCUGUGGGACUCUGUCAUGCUCGAGCGGUUCGAGCCGAACCAGAAGCUGCUGGUGCAGUACCUGGAGGAGAAGAUCGCCGACAGCCCGGCCAAGGUCAAGCAGUGGCUGAGCGCCAUGGACCCCGCCGGGUGGGCCGAGGCCAACUUCCAGAUCGUCCGCCACGACGCCUAUCGAUUCCAGGACCCGCAGGCGCGUGCGGUGGAGAUCACGGAGGAGUACUACGCCCACAACGCGCCCAUCAUCCUGGACCAGCUUGCCGCAGCCGGCGUGCGGCUGGCCUACCUCCUCAACUCUGCCUUUGCCUGA